CCGCUUCCGGCCCCCCGUUCCUUGGUAACAAUGGAGCAGAAAAUGGCCGCCUGAGCGGGCAGGAGGCGGCGCGGCGGCGGAGCGGCACGGGCGGAACGCGGAGAGCCGGCAGCCAGCCCGGAGCGGCGCGGGAAGCGGCGCACCCACAGCCGGGGGGACGGCGGCGGGCGGCGGCGGCGGGCGGUACUCUUCCACUCAUCAAGAUGGAAAGCUCAGAUUCUAGUGAUAAAGGAAGUAUUGAUCAAUCAGAAGCCCAACGUCAGAGCCAGCUGGAUCGGUUAGAUCGAGAAGAAGCUUUCUAUCAGUUUGUGAACAACCUGAGUGAAGAGGACUACAGGCUUAUGAGAGAUAACAAUUUGCUAGGAACACCAGGUGAAAUUACUGAAGAAGAGUUGCUGAGAAGGCUACACCAAGUUAAAGAAGGUCCGCCACAGCAAAACAGUGAUGAGAAUAGAGGUGCAGAGUCCGCAGAAGAUGUUUCAAAUGGAGAUUCUAUAAUAGACUGGCUUAAUUCAGUCCGACAGACUGGAAAUACAACACGAAGUGGGCAGCGAGGAAACCAGUCCUGGAGAGCAGUGAGCCGGACUAACCCAAAUAGUGGCGACUUCAGAUUCAGUUUGGAAAUAAAUGUCAACCGUAAUAAUGGGAACACGAAUCCAGAAACUGAGAAUGAGCCAUCUGUAGAGCCUUCCAAUGGGGAGGAUUUGGAAAACAGCCAAAGUGACUCUGAAAUUCCAAGGUCUGAAUCACCAUCUGUAAGGCAGCCUGGAUCAGAAAGGAGCAGUGCGGAGGAGCUGACGGCUGAGGAGGCUUCCCCUCCUAGAGGGCAGAGGAGAGCCAGGAGUAGGAGUCCAGAACAGCGGCGGACGCGGGCUAGGACUGAUAGAAGUAGGUCACCUAUUAAUGCAGUGAGUGAGGCCCCUCGCAGGUCUCAUCACAACACAUCAUCUCAAACACUUGACCACUCCUCAGCGAGCGAGGCUGAGGGCAGCUCUAGAACUAGGCAGCACGUGACGUUAAGGCAGCACACAGUGGGGACUGAGGUGCCAAGUGAAAAUGCAGUUCUGUUUUCCCCCCCUGAAACGAGGCCUGCUCCUCAAGCAGCAGGUUCUUCAGAAAGUACCGGCACCAGUGAGUCCGCGGCUCCUGGGCAGAGGCCUCCCACCAUAGUGCUUGACCUCCAGGUGAGAAGAGUUCGCCCGGGAGAGUACCGGCAAAGGGACAGCAUAGCCAACAGGACCCGCUCCCGGUCCCAGACCCCCAACAACACGGUCACCUACGAGAGCGAGCGCGGAGGCUUCCGGCGCACGUUCUCCCGCUCGGAGCGGGCUGGAGUGAGAACUUACGUCAGCACCAUUAGGAUUCCCAUCCGCAGGAUCUUAAACACAGGCCUGAGCGAGACUACGUCAGUCGCCAUCCAGACCAUGCUGAGGCAGAUCAUGACAGGCUUCGGGGAGCUCAGUUACUUCAUGUACAGUGAUAGCGAUGCAGAUCCCAGUGGGCCAGCUCCCAAUCAGAACGUGGAGACUUCUGAGCCGCAGAGUGGAGGUGGGGGCACCUCGGGCAGUGAGAAUGCAGAUGUUAGCUCGGGGGAGGUGUACGAGGGUGGGCACGAGGCUAGCUCAACAUCUGGUGCCAGGCGGGAAGGCCGGAAUACGAGGGGAUCGGUCACUUUUGAAGAAAGCGGUUCUCUACCAUUCCUUAGCCUUGCACAGUUUUUCCUACUCAACGAAGAUGAUGACGACCAACCAAGAGGACUCACCAAAGAACAAAUUGACAACCUAGCCAUGAGGAAUUUUGGUGAGAGCGACGCUCUGAAAACCUGCAGCGUGUGCAUCACAGAGUACACGGAGGGCAACAAGCUCCGCAAGCUGCCGUGCUCGCACGAGUACCACGUGCACUGCAUCGACCGCUGGCUGUCGGAGAACUCCACCUGCCCCAUCUGCCGCAGAGCAGUCUUAGCUUCUGGGAACAGAGAGAGCGUUGUCUAAAGGAGAGCUGAGUCCAUGGCCAGGCAGCCAGUGUGAUAGUGAUGGGCAAAGAAGUCACUUCCUUUAUGGCCACUUUUUGAGUGGUACCUCAAUGUAUAGUAAUGACUCGGAGUGAAUCUUCCCUCAUUAAAGCAUUCUCUCUGGAUUCAAGCUUUGGGAAUUGGAAAAUGUCUUUAAUUAGGUUUUUCGAGUUCUAGUCAGUUUGGGUGUUCAAUUUCACUUGUCCAAAGAGAUCUUCCCACUUCAAAAUAUUUUUUUCUUUGUGAAGAGUAUUAAGUUCUUUCUCCUACCCAGCCCUUGCCAUCCCAGUCCAAUAAACAGUUUUUCCUCAAGAUUGUGCUUCUGAGGAGUUCUUUGAGAAGUUAUCCAGCUCAAUGUCCAUGAGUCAUAGAGGAAUUUUUGCAAGAAAUCCAACUCUCUGAAAAAAUAACAUGAAUUUAAUUGCACACUUGAACAUACUUUUAAUUUUUCUCCUGGGUUAAUAUUGGACAUGUCUGUGUAAAUAACACUAAUGUUAGCCCUUUCCCCAUCACUAUGGCACGCUGUAGGAUGAGCUGUUAGCUUAAUUGGGAUAUUUAUCUUGUUGUGGAAAUAUAAGAAUUGCCUAUGCUUGUUUAAAUAAAGAAAAAAAAAAUCUGUUUUAAAACUGUAAAGCUUUUUUGUAGAAGCUCAGUACUUUUCCAAUGCACUGUUGUACUAACGCAUUAAGAAUUAAAAUUGUACCAUGCUUAGAAAUCAAGAAUGCUUUUCAUACAGACCUCACCACACAGAGAGCAAACUGAACAUGGGAGAGCUGCUUUUGUGACUGUGUACCUGUCAAGAGCAGUGCAUAUCUGUACUAUUUAUGUGAACAGCUACUGUAACAUAAAAACAGUUGGAUUAGACAUUUAAUUGCAUUAAAAAAAACGGAAAUUAAAUGUUAUAAUUGCAGUGUUCUGGCUCAGUAAUGCCACCAAAAAAAAAAAAAAGAUAAAAAUUAGGAACUGUUCUAAUGGCUGGUUAUUUCUUGGUAUGGUUGCAGAUAUGGAAUAAUACAAACCCGUGUGUACUGGCUCAUUCACUGAGGUUUGUGCCCAAUUUUUCUAUCAGCUUUUGCUCUCAAUUUUUGAGGCAAUGCUGUAGCUUCAGCAAACAACUGUGGAUAGGUUGGUUUUCAGUUCUUCACGAGCUUCAACUGUAUUGGUGACCUCUGGAUGUGUUGAGUGGUCCAGUGUUGGUAGCCUGUGGUGCAAGUGCCACAGGGACUAACUGUACUAACUGGGAAGCACAUCGUUAGUAUUGGGUUCCAUUUAAAAAUGAGUGCACUUAAAUGUGCAGCAGAUUCUUGAGAGUAACAGUAAAAACCCAACAAGCUCUUUAUAUUCCUAUUGCACAGAAUGAAAAUGAAUUUACUUUUGAAACUCUGUACAUGACGUGUUGCAAAUGAGAAUUGGAGAAUGUACCUCAACUCUCAUCAGAGUGUGUGUAUGGGGAAACAUCCUUCACCCUCACUGACCCCUUCUUUGUUUUAUUCUCUAAGGUUUUGGGUUUUUCCUGGUUUACAUGUGCAAAGGGAAAGUGGUUUUUAUUUGUUACUCCAGGGCAGUAGUUCUGAAGGGGUAUGAGCUGCUCUUGCUGGCUGUAGGGGAAGUGUUGCUUGUUCCUCAGAUGACAAAACCAAAGCUGCCCUUUUUUCCUAAUUAAAACACAUUUUUGGUGUUUUAUAGUGGUGGGUGCAUAAACUAUAAUUGCUGCUCUAAGCCAUUUUAACAUCUCAACAGCUAGUUAACGAUUCCACAGCAUCCCAAAAUUCUAUUUUUUUUUCUCCAUGUGCAUUUUGUGUUGUUGGUUCAGUGGGAAACCCUGACUGGCUGUUGAGCUCGCUUUCCUCCUGGUGGGACACGCCAUUGUGGCAGAGGGAACACGAGGGUUCUUUGGGAACAGAACAAUCAGUAAGCUCAUGGGUUUGGUUUUUCCUUGGACACGCAUCAGUGUAAAAUUGAAGUUGGCUGUUGAUUCUGGGUACUGGGCUUUCUGUGCCAAAAUUUCACAGCAAAAUAACACUUCUGAGUUUCACAGAGCGUAGAAUUAGAAGGGAAAAACAUGAGUAGUACCAUGUUAGAUGUUGGAAGUCAGAGAUGUUCAUCUCAGACUAGAGCUGGUGACCACCAGGAAGGGAGCCCACUAUCCCAAACCCACGCGAAGCAUGGCUCUGGUACCUGUCACCCCACCUUUUCCAUGGAAUUUCCACCUUGGUAGAACUGCCCUCACAGUUCUGUUACAGCUUAUAGCAUGUCUUAACAUUUUAUCGUUCUGUAGCAAGAGCAACUAAUAAAAUCUUGGAGGUUUCCCAAACGGUACCAAGAACAAAUAAUUUAAUCUCAGUUUGGGAGACGAUGAACGUUCUCUGUGGUUUCUCUGCCUUUCACAACGCUGAGUGUGCUAAAGGGGCUGGGGGCUCAUUGUCUGCGGCAAAAACUUCCUUAUGUAGCUCAGUUAAUUAGGGUAAUUGAAUUUCUGUUUAUCUAAAUUUAGAUUGGAGUUAGGAAAAGCCAAUAUUAACAUUUCAGUUGCUUACAAAAUAUGAAACACUUUAAUAAUUAGACUAAUUUACAUGUAAUGAAUUACUUUGAUAGUGAACAUGUGUAUUUAGCGCUUCGCUCAGUUUUUUGGUAUUUUUGGAGGGACACAGCAUCUUCACUCGUGCCUGGAGGGGUAGGAAGGGUUAAAAGGGCGAAUUUUGGCACGUUCCCAGGCCUGAUCUGCAGGAGUGAUGGCUUUGGAGAGGCAGAGCCCCGAGCGCCGGUGGCCUGGGUCACAGUGCCACCGUGUGGGAUCUGCCUUCAGCACCAGCGGGAUUCCUUGCGGGACCAGCAGCUUUUAUUUUGGUUUCGAAGGAUUCUCCUCGUCAUUGCCCAGCCCAGUGGUUACCAUGGGGGUUUUUUUCCAAACAUCCAAAUUCCUGCUGGGAGUGUCUGGUGCGUGAGCUUUCCUUUCAGACAGCAGAGACCCCUACCCACAGCAAUGACAGCGGUCACCGGGCCAAACCCGUGUGACAAGCGCACACUUUUAAUAGUUACAUCAGUUACGAGUUACUGUUGGUUUAAUUCACAGGUUUGUGGGUGCUCACUUAAUUUUAAUUUUUUUAUUUGGGGCUUUAUCUGUCAGGAGACAGAAUUCCUGGUGCCGGUUGGAUUUCCCUUUCACGUGCAUAUUUUUUAUUUCCUCGAACAAGUUGGGUUUUUUGCAGAGAACUUGGGGGCAGUUGAGUUGUUUCAAAAACGAUUUGAUUGUGUAGGUACUUCAUGCAUAGAAAUCAGGGAAUUUUAAAGGCCUUUUGUAGGAAGCGCUGCCGUGCAGGCACAGCAGCUGCAGGACACGACGCCCACCGGGUUUGAAGGAGCCGUAAUUGUCCAUUGUGUCGACUUGCAGACGAAGGGGUUUCCCACCAGAGCUGGCACAAUGGCCCAUAAUGACUGUCAUCCCAGUUUCCUGUCACUUGUCUGGGUUAUGCAAAUGUGGGAGUCCGAGGGCCCCUUUCCCGGGUGGAUCCGCAGUGGAUAAACAGUUGCCCGCACAACCCAGUGCUCUCAUCCUAACAAUGAGGGGAUGGAGAAUGUGAGGGUGAGAAGAGAUGGAGGUAAAGGUCAGGGGGGUUCUGAACCUCCCGGAGUGAUCUUCCCCUUCACACUGCAGUACAAGCCUCCAUCCCUCGUCUCAUCCCUAAUUUGGGAUCGUUGUGUCCGUGGAAGCACUGUCCCGGUUUGGGAAAGGGUCUGUGUGAGCAGGUGAGGAGCCCAGUGCUGGCGGAAAUGUCUGCCUGCUCCUCUGCCCUCUCCCAGGAGGAGGAGCUUUGGAUGAAGGUUGGCUUGGAGCCACAUGGAGGGGAUUUAUAACAACUUCAGAAAUAUUUCCAGCCCUUCUGUACAGUAGGCUUUUUGUUUACCCUCGGCUGGUGGGGGGGAAGCAGGAGGCUGAAAAGAUACAAUCAAUGGUAACGUACCCAAAGUACAAAUAAGUGGUGGUGUGUUAAAAAAAGAGGUUUGCAUCUGUUAUCCCAGGGCUUCCCAACCUCUCAGACUGUAUCUCCUUUUUCUUAUGGGGAAAGAAUACCAUUGAAUUUUAUUUGAUUUAUAUCUGGUUUUAUUCCCUUUAACUAAAAUAUUUGAGCCCCUUUCCAGAAUUUCACUCUGCUGGUAAGGCAGUUGGUUGGGAAGUCCUGAAUUCCACUGUGAAUGUAACGCUUUUCUUUAUUAUUUUUUCCUUUUUUUUUUUUUUUUGUACAGUGCUUUACAUUUGUUUAUACUGGACUUGUUUAAUACGAACUGGUACUCGGAGGUUGUUGGACACAGUUUGACCAGGUUUGCCAGCUAACACUUAAGGAGGAGUUUGUUCCCUAUGUAAGAUGUUAUAAUGCAAAUUUAACUAGACUCAAUAAAAUGCAUGAAGUGUU